AUGUCCCAGAGGCUCCUCGCUCUCGUGCUCGUGCUCGCACUCUCAGCUCCAGCAGCGGGCAACUCGACCAGAGUGAACGACGCCGAGUGGGGAUUACGUCCCCCGGUCGGAGCGAGCGACAAGCGGGUGAUCCGAGUGAACGACGUCGGUAGGGCGACUGCCGGUGAAGAGAGGGGGUACUCGGAGAUUGGGGUGGAGAUAAAAGAAGGGAUCACGCGCUCGAAGUUCGAGCGUCUCACGGAAGCGAUCGUCGAGUUCCUCAAAAAGAUAAAAAAUUCCGAGCUAUUCGUCAACUGGGAGAAGUGGCGGACCGCCGUGAAGGAACGAAUCGACGGCAAAAUAGCAGAGCUCCUGAAAAAAAUCGACGCGCACCGUGACAAAAAGAGACUUGCGGCUGCGAAGAAGAUGCUCGAGCCGAAGAGUCUAGUCGCGAAUCUGUUCGAACGUGGUAUCACGCCGUCUAUACUGUACUCGGCACUGAACCUGGACGAGGAGCUCAAGCAGGCCGUCAAAGGCCCGUAUGGUGAACCCUUACAAGAAAAAAUCGACUUCCACGACGAGUACAAGUCAUUUUACAAGCAAGCCCAGAAUCAACCGCAAGGGUCGUUGUGGUCGCGAGUUGUGUCCUACCUCAGGUCGCUUGUGUGA